CCGGGCUAUUCCCUUGUGAGGAAACUAUAUACGGCAAGGAAGAUGUCUACGAAGGAGGCGAAGGAAUUCACCCGUGAGGAUGUGGCAAAGCACAACACACCCGACGAUCUGUGGAUUAUCAUCGACUCCAAGGUGUACGAUGUGACAAAGUUCAAGAACUUACAUCCUGGAGGAAUAAAUGUGUUUCUUACUGAGGACAUCCCUGGCGAGGAUGCGACCGAAGCGUUCUAUGGGCUCCAUCGACACGAGGUCCUUGAGAGACCUCAAUAUGCGCGUCUUCAGAUCGGAACGAUUGCUGGGGAGAAGAGCCAAUUGCACGGGCGCAUUCGUGGCGAGCUGAGUGAGGUGCCGUAUGCGGAGCCCACAUGGCUCGCGAAGGGUUACCACAGCCUAUACUUCAACGAGAGUCAUAAGCGGCUUCAGCAGGCGAUGCGCGAAUUCGUCGAUGAGUUUAUUGUACCGGACGCAUGGGCUAGAGAAGAUGACGGCAAACGACCAACUCUGAGCGUUCUUCAAAAGAUGGGAGAAUUGAAUAUGAAUGCCAUGCGCAUGGGUCCGGGCAAACAUCUUCAGGGCCUGACAUUAAUGAAUGGUGCUGUUAAACCAGAAGAGUAUGAUUACUUCCAUGAACUCAUCCUCAACCAGGAAUUCUCCCGCAUCUCGCCGCGCGGUUACCAGGACGGCUUCAACGGCGGCAUGGUCAUCGGCCUCCCACCCGUCAUGCAUUUUGCGCGUCCGGAGCUGCGUGACCGCGUGAUGAAGGAGGUGCUAUCUGGCAGCAAGUUCAUCAGCCUUGCCAUCUCAGAGGCCUUCGCAGGCUCAGACGUGUCGGGUCUUAAGACUACAGCGAAGAAGUCGGAGGAUGGCAAGUUCUGGAUUAUCAAUGGCACAAAGAAGUGGAUCACCAACGGAACUUUCUCUGAUUACUUUACCGUUGGCUGUAAGACAGAGAAAGGCCUGACCGCCAUCCUUGUGGAGCGGUCAGACGGUGUGGAGACGAAGGCCAUUAAGACGUCGUAUUCAUCGACAGCUGGCACAGCAUAUAUCACCUUCGACAACGUCAAGGUUCCUAUCGAGAACACGUUAGGUCCUGUUGAUGGCGGUGUCUUCGUCAUUCUUAGUAACUUCAACCAUGAGCGAUGGGUUAUGGUUUGCGCGUCAGUACAGAAUCAGCGGAAGAUAGUCGAGGAGUGCUUGAAGUGGAUCAACCAGCGGAAAGCGUUCGGCAAGCCUCUCAGCUCACAAGCGGUCAUCCGCGCGAAGCUUGCCGAGAUGAUUGCGCGCACCGAGAGCGCCCAGGCCUGGUUGGAGAACAUCACGCACCAGAUGAACAACAUGUCGUAUAAGCAACAAGCCGAGUUGCUUGCCGGUCCAAUUGCCCUCCUUAAGAUGUACUCUACGAGGAGUGCGCAGGAGACGGCCAGAGAUGCUGUGCAGAUAUUCGGUGGUCGUGGUAUCACCCAGACGGGCAUGGGCAAGAUUGUUGAGCACUAUCACAGAACUGUUCCCUUCGAUGCCCUACUUGGUGGAGCUGAGGACGUCCUUGGGGACCUGGGUGUGCGUCAGGCGAUCAAGCACUUGCCCAAGAACGCGCGACUGUGAGCUUGUCAUGGAUGGUCUUACAGGCACGGUGGAACCUAAGCAUAUAUCCUUAUUGUGUUCCUACCCCAUUACUAUUGAGGUGUACAGUAUUACAGAGUCCGGAUGUAUCAUUUUAACAUUCGAGUAUUCAUCUGGAUCAUUACGGACACGUCUC